UAAAUAUUUGUUGAAUGAAUGUUUGUUGAGCCUACAAACUAACAUUCUUAAACAGUAUUUAUGUAAUAUUAGUAAUAAUUCCCUACAUAGUUCAGUGACUUACCAAACAUCUUUAUGAGUGAGUGUCCCAACUUUGGGGUAAAGACAGUGCAGGUAAUAUUAUUCUCCCAGUUUUUCAGAAAAUAAGUCACCAUCUAUGAGGUUAUCUGACUUAAGGCAGUGGAUCCAACAUUAGAAUUUGAAUGCAUAACUGUAUUAAAUUUCUGACUGUAAAUUGUGUGUCAUUUACCAGCUGUUAACCAGAUGCUCUGGCCGUGGAGUGAAGUAUGUGUAGCUAGUGGAAGAGAGCAGUGGAAGAAACAGGGAGAAGCAAAAGCCAGCUCUUGGAGGGAUUUCCUUUCCUCCAGUGCCUGCUUGGUUCCUUAACAAGAUUGCUUUGCCUGUCCUGGGAGCUGAGACCCUCCAUACAUCUCUCAAUGACUUGAGGUAGGGCCAGAGAGAGUGAGUGAGACCAGUGAAGCCUUACUUGCUGGGGAGGAGAAAAAUGAGGGCUGGGACACAGGAGCACUCACUCACACUGUUGCAUAUGUGCACACUCCAGACAAAAUCCACACAAAGGCCUGCAUACAAAUCAACACACAGAAUGAGCCACUGCACAGUCAUACACACAUUUAAACGUGCACCCCACAUACAGAUGUCUAGCCACUGCCGUGUACAUCCAGCCGCUGAUGAGCACUCCAGUUACACACCAAGCUGCCAUCUUCGACCUGCGCAUGCAGGUGUGGAUACACCUAACAGCCCUGAUGAAAAUGUUGAUAAAUGCACGUAUGCACACACGUAACUAAACACAUAUAUAUGAUUUAUCAUCACACUCAAGUACAUGCACACCUUUAUAAACACGUGGGAAUCAGUCUGAUCACUCUGGCCCACAAAACCUCCAAAUACACUAACAAGGUCUACACACGCAGAGAUGCAUCGACACACCCGAGUUGUCAUCAGCGCUGUAAGUUUUUUUCCAAACAGCUGCUAAAAAGAGUGCUGCGCUGCGGGCCAGCCCACGUGACCGGGAGGAAGGCUCUCCCGCCCAUGACGGGAUGGGAAAACUAUGCCUGGGGCCAGCGCUCGGCCCGGCUGCUGCCGCAGAGGAAAGCAGGGACGUGGAGCACCGCCGAGAGCCGCCGAGAGCUUCUUUGCUCCGGACGCCCCUGGACGUGGCGGGCAGCCGCGAGGGUAACCACCAUGAUCCCCUGGGUGCUCUUGGCCUGUGCCCUCCCCUGUGCUGCUGACCCACUGCUUGGCGCCUUUGCUCGCAGGGACUUCCGGAAAGGCUCCCCUCAACUGGUCUGCAGUCUGCCUGGCCCCCAGGGCCCACCCGGCCCUCCAGGAGCUCCGGGGCCCUCAGGAAUGAUGGGACGAAUGGGCUUUCCUGGCAAAGAUGGCCAAGAUGGCCAAGAUGGCGACCGGGGGGACAGCGGAGAGGAAGGUCCACCUGGCCGGACAGGUAACCGGGGAAAGCCGGGACCAAAGGGCAAAGCUGGGGCCAUUGGGCGGGCUGGCCCUCGUGGCCCCAAGGGGGUCAGUGGUACCCCCGGGAAGCAUGGCACACCAGGCAAGAAGGGGCCCAAGGGCAAGAAGGGGGAGCCAGGCCUCCCAGGCCCAUGCAGCUGCGGCAGUGGCCACACCAAGUCGGCUUUCUCGGUGGCGGUGACCAAGAGCUACCCACGGGAGCGGCUGCCCAUCAAGUUUGACAAGAUUCUGAUGAACGAGGGUGGCCACUACAAUGCUUCCAGUGGCAAGUUCGUCUGCAGCGUGCCUGGGAUCUACUAUUUCACCUAUGACAUCACGCUGGCCAACAAGCACCUGGCCAUCGGCCUGGUGCACAACGGCCAGUACCGCAUCCGGACCUUUGAUGCCAAUACCGGCAACCACGAUGUGGCCUCGGGCUCCACCAUCCUGGCUCUCAAGCAGGGUGACGAAGUCUGGCUACAGAUCUUCUACUCAGAGCAGAAUGGGCUCUUCUACGACCCUUACUGGACAGAUAGCCUCUUCACAGGCUUCCUCAUCUACGCCGACCAGGAUGACCCCAAUGAGGUAUAGACACACCAGGACCGUCCUCCAGGCAGGGAACAAGCUUCUGGACUUGGACCUAACAGAGUGAGACCCCUCAACUGUAGGCUGGGGGGCAGGGUGUCGAGUGAGCGGUUCUAGCCUCAAGCUGACCUCCUCUCCCUCUUUUAUUCCCCAUCAUUAAAUCCAAACCUUCUUAUUCAUCCAA